UAGACUGCAAUUUUGUUUGUGAAUUUUCAAAAAGUGUAGAGCAACUCGCAAUUUUGUCAAAUAUUCUCCUCUUCUGAAAAGUCUGCUGUUGACUGAAUAUUUAGUGAAAUUAUCUCUCGUUUAUCGAAAAUCUCCAAUUAUGAAGUAUGGAAUUCUAAGGAGUAGAAAGUUAAUUUUACAAAUUCACGAAAAAUCCUUCUCUUCUAAGAAACCUUCUACCUACGCACAAUUUUGUAAAAUCUGCACGCUCUUUCUAUCUUAAUUGCUAUUUACCGUAACAAUAACUCCCCGUUCAUAAAAAAAAUUUCCAGUUGUCAAAUAUCGAGUUUUAAAGGAACAAUUCAGAAUUAUCGAUAAACUCUGAAAUUACACAAUUUUGUAAAAUCUACUUAACUGCUACCGAUCUCCCUCACUGACCAAAAAGUCUCCAAUUGCGAACAAUCGAGUUUCUCAAGGAACUCAAAGCAGUUGUCGCGAACCACUUGUUUGAAAGCUCGCGUGAAACAAAUAAGCGAAGCGGCCAUCGCUGGAGCGGUCGUGUCCCUACCGGCGGAGUCGGUAGGGUGCGCAAGAGGGUGCAAGUUGCGCGGGCGCACUGUCAGGACUAUCGAUUUCGCGAGCAGAAAGGUACCACACGGUUGGCCAUCGAUUGGACGUUCGUCUAAAAGGAUUGUCGCUGGUGAUCUUCGAAAGACGACAGACACUCGACGAAGGGGAAUCUCUCGCCUCGAGGUGCAGAUCGUCCAAGGUGGGGCCGAUUCCUAGAAUCGGUCGGCUAUAAGUUCCCCAGAAGAUCGUGGAUACCCCUUGCUGAUCGUCGAUUCCCCCGAUUCGAUUCGAUUCGAUCCGAGUGUUAUCGGAGAAGGCGAGGAGCGAAAAGUCAGAGGAUAGAGAAGCCAGUUCUCGGCUCCAGUCAUGCAGAACUAUGGACACGAAGAUUACGAUUAUGGGGCCGCCGAUAGUGAACAGCAAGGUACUGGUAGAACGCUGCCGCAGAUGCCAGGUGCCAGGCCCAUGGUCGAUCCCCAAGCCCAAGGAGAGGUCGAUCCUACCUUGUAUCCUCAGCCGAAGGAGGCAACGAAUAAGAUCCGCGGCAAGAGCGACGUGAUCGAGUACCUGUUCGGCUCUGUUGAUCAGGAAAUGAUCACCGUGAAGAGCUUCUACUUUUUCUUCUAUUCGGCCUUUGGCUCUCUGUUCCCCCUGAUGGGAGUCUACUUCAAGCAGAUGGGCAUGAACGCCGGCCAGUGCGGCCUCCUGAUGGGCCUGAGACCUUUCAUCGAGUUCCUUAGCGCGCCUUUCUGGGGUUCGUUGGCUGACAGGUGGCAGAAGGGCAAGAUGAUCUUUUUAGCCUCGCUCUCUUGCUGGAUCAUCUUCACUCUUCCCCUAGCCUUCAUGCAACCACCGGCUACGUCGUGUCUGGUUAUACGAAACGGCACGGCGUACUUGGAAGCGCCGAAUCCUAAAACGAGGAUAGUCAAGCGGUCCGCCACACUCGAUGACUUUUAUCAUCAAAACGACGAAGAAUGUUUAGAGAUCGCGGACAACGUUGUUUUCGAGAGGCUGCGCAAGGACAGCAAGCUAGAUCCACUGGCGGCUCUCAGUGUGCAAAAUAACAGGGGCAGGUUGAACAAUAUACGACAAAAUUACGAUAACAAUAGAGUGCGAAGAGAGGCGCAAGUGGAGACGACCACGACGGAGGACAGUCCCAUUGAAGAUCUCAAGUACAAACAGCUGGUGUUCGAGGAGAACGAUCCCGAAGCUAAGACUAUCGAUUUUGAAACACUGCAAAGGAAAAACCGUCCAGCCGAUGUGCUCGAGUACAAGCGUUUUCUCAAUAACCAACCACUGGACGAUGGAAGACCACCGAAGAAGGCGUACACGCACACCAAAACCAGGGUGAAACCGCCACCAACGAAGGUUAUGGUGAAACGGGAUAUCAACGACGAAACUACAGAGAACGAGCCGCUAUCCAAGUUUCAACGACAAUGGACUACCAUGAAGACUUUACGGGCGAUAUCAUUAUUAGACGAAGAGGAGGACGAAGAGGUGAACGAAAGUGAGGACGAAGAUGACGAGGAAGAUGUCGAGGUGCCGUUAGUUAGGAGGAAACGCUAUAUCAGAGUACCUCAUUCCGGCAAGAGUCCUCAUAGUGUUGCCUAUGCUGCGAAUUACAACGAACGGGAGAACAAGGGUUGGGUAAAACCCCUCUACAGCUCGAUUGUCUACAGAUUACCGGAUAUCCAAAAAACUUUCUUCCUCCUGUUGCUGCUGGUGAUUGUCGGCGAGUUCUUUUCGGCACCUGCGAUCACUCUGGCGGACUCGGCUGUCAUUACUUUACUAGGCGAGGACGCGGACAAGUACGGCCACCAGCGAAUGUUCGGUAGCUUAGGUUGGGGUCUGGCCAUGUUCUUCGUCGGUAUCGCUCUGGAUCACAGCACCGCGUUCUCCGAGCAUCCGUGCGGUCCAGAUGCAAGGGAGAAGAACUACACGAUGUGUUUCGCGACCUUCAGCGUCCUCAUGGGCGCCGCCCUGAUCACUGCCACGCAGAUCAACUUCAAAUACGAUUUUCCGGUCACGGAACCGGAAGUGGAGAAACCUCCUGCCGAACCGACGAGGGAGGAACAGCUGCAAAGUCAACUGUCUCAACAGUUGAAUCUGCCCAGCCUUCAGGACUCAUCUGCAGCGAUAAAUCCGAAGCCACAGCCGCCUGAAGGCAAGACGAAAAUGUUCGCUCAAACGAUGCGAGAGAUCCCGGAAUGGGUGACGGUAUUGAAGCAAUUCAAGGAUCUGAAAUGCGCGUCAUUCCUCUUCGUCGCGUGGUUCAUGGGUUUCGGUAUCGGGCUGAUUUUCACCUUCCUCUUUUGGCAUCUUCAGGAUUACGGUGGCACGCCGACUCUGUUCGGUGUUGCUUCUGUGAUCAAUCACAUUUCCGAGAUAUUCGCUUACUUCUUCAGCUUUAAACUGAUCCGUCAAAUCGGUCACGUGAAGGUGUUGUGCAUGGGACUGGGCGGGAACGUGUUCCGUUUCCUUUAUAUUUCUUGGCUGACGACUCCUUGGUGGGUGUUGCCGUUCGAGUUCAUUCAGGGAAUAACUCACGCGGCUGUUUGGGCCGCGUGUUGCAGCUACAUCGCGCAUAACACGCCUCCGCAAUUGCGCACCAGCGCGCAGGGUGUUCUUCAAGGUAUUCAUCAUGGUCUUGGCAGGGGAUGCGGAGCUGUGAUCGGUGGAAUGUUCGUCGACGCUUACGGAACAACUGCAACAUUCCGAGCCUACGGCCUCUUCUGUAUCGUCGUUCUUGGCGCGUUCGUGUUCAUCAACUUCUACAGAAAGGAUACAGGUUUCGUUUCCGAGUUGCCACAGACGGAGGACCCUCACCAAGUAGCCGAAGCGACCCACUUGGCACCGCACGGUGUACCUAGCAACGCCAUUCCUCGUGCUCUCAGCUCUACUCGGUUGCACGAGUUGGCCAAUCAGGAUUCGGGUUACGGUGCUACCUAUCAAGCCGGCGAUAGUCUCAAUGUACCAGGUGCGAAUGGAGGUCCAAUGAACCCGACGAAUCCAUUUCUGAACACUGGAGGUGGCGGCGGAGGUGGAUAUAAUUACGGUAUGACUGGCAAUGGCGAGGACGAGUAUAUCCGUAGGAGCUUCCAGCUCUACAAUGAGGUGAUCAACAGGGAAUUCGAGCUGGUUAAGCCACCGCCAAUAGUGACCCAUCUACACGCUCAACAACCAUGCACCAAUCCCUUCCAUCAGCACGACUACGAAUGGUAACAGUCCGGGACGUUCGAUCCCACUUGAGGUGAUCAGGAUGCUCAUGGAACGCUGAUCCUGAACCGGCCCGGUUCCUUGGAGUACCAAGAACAAUGGACCAGCUUCGGAACACUAGGCAGAAGGAAUUUUUACACGGUUAGCGCAAGAAUUCGAUGGAAGCCCCUUGGUGCCUCCUCGAAGCAGUAUGCUCACGUUAAAAGAAAAGAAAAAAAAAAA